GUCGGAAUAUUUCAUUUCAAGUGACCACAAGUGUUUUUCCUUUGUUCGACUCACGGUUCCGACGUCAAAAGUGUUGAACGAAAGAACAUGAUCGUUGACGCGGUUCAAGAAAGAGAGAAUGAGUUUAGUGAGCACGGAAAUUGCGACGGUCCUGAGGCUCUGUACAUCAAGCUGAUCUCGAGCGACGGACACGAGUUUGUCGUCAAGCGCGAGAACGCCUUGAUGUCGGGCACAAUCAAAGCUAUGUUGAGCGGACCCGGUCAGUUUGCGGAAAAUGAAACAAACGAAAUUCACUUCAGGGAGAUACCCUCGCACGUGUUGCACAAUGUCUGUAUGUACUUCACAUACAAAGCUCGUUAUUCAAACAGUUCGUCUGAAAUACCAGAGUUUACUAUCAAGCCACAAAUCGCUUUGGAACUACUGAUGGCUGCCAACUUUUUAGACUGUUAACUGCGUUCGACAACAGAAUAUUACUAAUUUGCAUCAUCAUAAUAAUAAUAAGACUUAUAUAACCGUCAUAAGUACCUAUAUCCAACUUUUAAAAACAAUUUUUUUAACUCAACAUUAAUACUAACAACCAUACAAAAUUGUAAUAUUGAAAUGUAUACAUCAAAUAUUAUUAUAGUUUAUAUUUUAUAAUGCUCAAGUUUAAUUUUAAAAUAUGUACUCAAAGUAUCUAUUUUCCUAAGUAAAAAUAUAAAUAAGUUUGUUUAAUAAUAA